UCUCUUCCUCCUUCCUCCAUCGCCACCUCUCUCUGCUCUGCUCUGCGUCGGCGCGAUCCCCAUCCAGAAUCGACCGACCGAGGUAUAUACGGAGCCGCUCCCUCCUCCCCCCGUUCCAGGAGCCAUGGCCGGCAGAGAAAUCCUCCACAAGAUGAAGGAAAAGGUUGGAUUAGGCUCGUCCGCGGCCGACUCCGGAAAGGGGAAGAGCAAGAUUUCGAAGCACAUCACGCAUGGUUUCCACCUCGUGAAGGGGAAGUCGCACCAUGACAUGGAGGAUUAUGCGGUUGCAGAGUUUAGGCAAGUCGACGAUCAUGAACUCGGUUUAUUCGCGAUAUAUGAUGGCCAUUUGAGUCGCGAAGUGCCUGAUUAUCUCCGGUCACAUCUCUUCGACAACAUUAUAAAUGAGCCUGACUUCUGGACGGAGCCAGAGAAAGCAAUCAGGAAAGCAUAUUGCGUAACUGAUAGUGAUAUUCUAGGAAAAGCAGCUCAAUUGGGUAAAGGGGGGUCGACUGCAGUUACAGCAAUUCUGAUUGAUUGUCACAAGCUAGUAGUAGCAAAUGUUGGGGAUUCCAGGGCAGUUAUCUGCAAAAAUGGCGUUGCCGAACAAUUGUCGGUCGAUCACCAACCCAGCACGGAAAGAGAGAGAAUCGAGAAUAGAGGUGGUUUUGUAUCAAACUUUCCAGGAGACGUUCCUCGUGUCGAUGGGCAGCUAGCUGUGGCAAGGGCCUUUGGUGACAAAAGCCUGAAGCAACAUCUCAGCUCCGAACCUGACGUGACAGUCAAGGAGAUUGAUGAUGAUACAGAGUUCAUCAUCUUGGCGAGUGAUGGACUAUGGACGGUAAUGUCAAACCAGGAAGCAGCUGACUCUAUAAGAAACAUAAAGGAUGCUCGGUCGGCAGCGAAGCACUUAACUGAGGAGGCGCUGAGUAGGAAUAGCAAAGACGACAUAUCCUGCAUAGUUGUGAAAUUUCACUAGUUUGCAUUUUUUCUUUCAGGUGUUUUCUCUUUAGAUGUGGUUGGUAAGGCUGUGAUGUAUCUUUUUUGCUUGUUUCUUCGGAGUGAUUAUGGAAGUCUGCUUUACACUUUCAUGUACAAUAAAUUGCAUAACCAGAUUGUCUCGAGGUAAAAAUGUUGCCAUCCAGUCAACGAUUUGUGUCUC